AUGAGCAAUCUGAUUAAUUGCCAUCGAAAGGAGAAGGAAAACAUUGCGAGUUUUUGUAAACGAUUUGAAGAAAGGGCAAAGGCAUUGCAAGCUUUGCUCGGUGAUGAUUUUUUGGACAAGUUUACUGAGAAGAGUCAGGAAUAUUACUUAUUGGGAAGCGAUGCUGAACCAUCGCAACAUAAGAAGGAAUCAUGGGAAAGAUUCAUGGCCAACGGAUUUCUGUAUAAUUCCGAUAGAGCCAAGUAUCAAUCAAGAAUUGAUGGAAUGACGGCGCAGUACACGUUGAAGCAUCUGGAUUUCAAACAACGUUGUACAUUUCCAACUACUUUGGAAAAUGCUGCUGAUGUUUUGAAUCAACACAAACACAAUAACAGGAAGAAGAAUUCGAAUGGAGGAAAUUUGAAUGGACAAGGCAAACAAAACAAGUCAAACAACAAUCAAAAUGACGGAGCUCAGUUUUCGCAACAACAAACUCGAGCGUGUUUUGUAUGCGGAUCAAAAGAUCAUGUCGCACCUCAAUGUGCGGACAAAUUGAAGCCGCGGGAACAAUGGAAAAACCCGGACAAAUAUAGGGAUUAUUCGAACAAGAAUGGUCGUGGUAAUCGACAAAAUAUGCAACGUGAUGAAAAUGCAACGCGUGAUGAUGAUGAAUCGAGAGAUUCAAAUACUCAAUGGAACUAUGGACGUUUCAACAAUGGAUCCCAUGGAGGACAAUUUAUUCAACGAGGACAUACUGACAAUCAUCCAAGACAACAAGGGAUGAUGUUGUUCCAAGAACUCAACAAUACUGGUAUCCACUUGGAUAGUGGAUCUACUUUUCAUUUGCGAACCAAUGAAGAUGACUUUAAAGAAGGAACUCUACAAGGAAUUGAUGGAGGAUUUCAUUAUACCUCUAAUAUAGAGGGAAGAAGACUUUAUCGAGAAGGAAUCGAUAAGGUAUUUGAUUCUGUUUGUAAACUUGAUACACGAGCUAGCGACAACAUCAACAGUUUGUCGAACAUGGUAAAAGAUGGAUUUGAUGUAUUUAUGGACACAAAGAGAGAGAACAGCUUCUUUGUGACCAGAAACGGGACUACAUGGCGAUUUGGACAUCUCAAUGGAUUGUAUACUUUGGUUGACAAACCUGCUGUGGCAACAGCAAUGUUCCAUAAUCAUGCACGUGGACUUGACAAUGCUGGAGUAGACCCACGUUUUGAUAUUGAAAUCGAAAGUCACAAAGGAAUGGCAUUCAUCCUACAAUGUGAUAGGAUUAAUAUGGGUGAAGCGAUGGAUGCAUAUCACGGUUUAUGGAAAUGGACGAAGUUUAUUCAAUGGUGUUAUGAAUUGGCUAAAGACCGAAGAUGGGAUUUUGAUGAUUUAGAAAUUCGCCUCGGUGGAUUACCCGGUACAUUUGUUCAAGAAGCAAAACGACGAGGUAUUCGAAAAGAUUUUCAUGAAUGGACGGAUGGAAGAGGAUUUAUAUAUAUGAUGAAGUUCCUGCUGGAAUGGAACUAG